AUGUUAUUCAGACGACCCCUGCCGUCAAUUUGCAAGAAAUACUUUGGAUUAACCGUAGAGAUAAAAAAUUACGCCUGCGCGUUCUACUCUACUGGUUCAGAUUUCGUCGAGCUCCCAAAAAAGCUCAAGAGGUCCGAGAGGAAGCCAUGGGUGACCGACAUUAAUGAACUCAAGCGCAGAUCGAGGUUGGAAAGGAGAGAGAAGAUGCUGGCGCAAGAGGCAACGCUUAAGCCUCCGGAAAAUGGGUUGUUGGUUAAGGAAUUAAUCCCAGUUGCCCAUUAUGUUAUGGCUGCGAGAGCUCGGUUGAUGUCUUGCGUAUCGAGGGUUUCGGCAAGCAUCCCGAUUUUCGCUUGCAGCGUUUGUGGAGACGUGCAUGUGGGUAAUCCACCGCACAAGAUCAGAACAUGCAAUGUCGAUGGUAAGAUCAAAGAGCACACAUGGGAGAGAGGUGGGGCCCACCAAGUUUUUCCGAACGUCGAAUCUUUUCAUCUGUAUGAUAGAUUGGGACGAGCCGUGUCCCACAACGAGCGUUUGCAAGUGGACCGUAUUCCGGCCAUUGUUGAGCUCUGCAUACAGGCGGGUGUGGAUAUUCGAGAGUACCCAACAAGAAGGCGUGAUUUCCCAGUUUAUAAGGUGGCGGGUAAAAUGCUCGAUUUUGAGAAAAGGUUUCCGAAGAAUGAUUUGCCACGAAAGGAAGUGAAAGAGAUUGCCUUUUGGGAGAUGGCUAAAUGGUCGAGCGAGGGUCACAAGGAUUUCGAUUUGCCAUAUGAUGAUGAUCUCAAAGGUCAUGCUCAGCUUGGAGUGGAAGCGCUCGAAAAAAUGCGUGUUGGGGUUAACAGACUCAUGCAGAAAUACGCCGUGCAAACGUGCGGUUUUUGUUGUGAGGUGCAAGUGGGGCCCAAGGGGCACCGGGUUAGACAGUGCCAGGCGUUCAAGCACCAGAUGAGAGACGGGCAGCACGCGUGGCAGGAAGCGACAUUCGAGGACCUUGUUCACCCAGUCUACGUGUGGCAUGUCGCGGACAAAAAUAACCCACUACUUGUGCACGAUUUGAAGAGGUAUUACGGAAUGUUGCCUGCUUUGGUUGAGGUAUUCGCGCAGGCUGGUGCUGAAAUUGGUGAAAACUAUCGAGGGUUGAUGAGGGAAGAUGUAGUCGUGCCCACAUUGGAAGAGGCAAAGUUUGUAGUUUGA